GUCUUUUCAAAUUGGGAAAAAAAAAAGAUCACCAAACACAAUUUUUACAAAUAUACAAACCCCAAUUCCAUACUCUCUGCAAUCUCUCCUUCAUCUUCAUCGUCGUUACAUUCCAUUGUAUCCAGUUUCAGGUCAGAAAUCGUCGUCUUCGAUUUCUGACCAAAUGGGAAGCGAGCCAACGAGUCCGUCUCUCAAACAGAAACUCAGAUCGACGCUCUGCAUCUCCGGUUGUUUCCGGCAGAUCCACCACCACCACCACCACCACCACCAUGAUCCGUUGCCGUUUUCUCCCGGCGACAGAUUGAGUAAUCUCGAUUUAACACCAAGUCCGAGGGACCAUCAAAAUCACAACAGGAUCAAAUCGCCGAGGCUUUCGCGGUCGUUGUCGAAGUCGCAGGACAAAUGCCGGAGCCUGAUCCAAAAAAUCGGCGGUGGACCGGGCGGAGGCGGCGGAAGGCAUAUCCGACGGCACACGACGGAUUUCCGUUACGAUGCGGUUAGUUAUUCGCUCAAUUUUGACAAGGGAGACGAUGAGAAUCUCAACCAGUUUCCGUUCCGGAACUUCUCCUCCAGGCUUCCGCAUUCUCCUCCGUCUUCGGCGAAGGCUUCGACGGUGACGGAGGCGGAGAAGAUUCCCGGCGCCGGGAUAGAGAUUUUCGCGGCGUCGUGAUGAUUCAGUUACAUUUCCCUUUUUUUUGCCGGUUUAUUUAUUUUCUUCUUAAACUUUUGGAAAAAACUUCACUUGCAAAUAAUUUAAAUUUCUCAAAGAAACAAUACUCAUCUCUUUUUCCUCUGCAACUAUUAUCUUUGUAUCCUUUUUUCCUUAAAUCGCCGUGGAAGAGGUCAGACGACCGCUAAAUGACCGAAAUACCCUUUGCAGUAUUGGUCUUUUCAUUGUAUAGCCCAAUCACAGGCCCAUAUAAGUUACUGGGCCAGUAGAACUUCCCCACACAGUAUAUAAUAUUUAUAUAAUAUUUGUACCUUCAUAUGUAUUUUUUUUUUAUCUAAAAAAAAGUUUAUUAGGGCAA